UGUAUUAUCUGCUUGUAUCGCAAAGUCGUCAAAUCGAGUGCUACUAUUUGCUAUUCCGCCAAAGUACAGAGUCAUCUAGAAUUGAUAAAAUGGCAGAAGGCCAGGACGAACCCAAAAAGAUCACAAUUACCGUAAAAACGCCUAAAGAAAAGCAGCAAGUAGAAAUUGAAGAGGAUGCCGAUAUUAAAAAACUUAAAGAAGUGCUAUCUCCUAAAUUCAACGCUGAACCGGAGCAGCUAUGCCUCAUUUUUGCUGGAAAAAUAAUGAACGACGCUGACACACUAAAGCAGCACAACAUUAAGGAUGGGUUGACAGUUCAUCUUGUUAUCAAGACCCCUCCAAGGCCAGAGCCCGAAGUUGGGACUCGUCGUCCGCCAGCCGAUAUUGGUGCAACACCAUUUGGAUUAAACUCGCUUGGAGGUCUGGCUGGUCUCGAGAGCUUGGGUCUUGGACAAAGUACAUUUAUGGAUCUACAGGCCCGCAUGCAAAAUGAACUUUUGUCCAACCCAGAAAUGUUAAGACAAGUCUUAGAUAAUCCGUUAGUACAACAGAUGAUGAAUGAUCCAGAAAAUAUGCGUACAUUGAUUACAUCUAAUCCGCAGAUGCAGGACUUGAUGGCGAGAAACCCUGAAAUCAGCCACAUGCUAAACAAUCCUGAACUACUACGCCAAACUAUGGAAUUGGCACGAAACCCUGCUAUGCUACAAGAAUUAAUGAGAUCUCAUGACAGAGCUAUGUCUAACUUGGAAAGCAUACCUGGUGGCUACAAUGCUCUGCAGCGUAUGUACCGUGACAUCCAGGAACCAAUGUUAAAUGUAGCUAGCAGCAUGGCAGGAAAUCCAUUUUCAGGACUUGUCGACAACUCAGAUGGCACAAAUCCCCAGCAGGGUGCAGAGAAUAGACAGCCAUUACCAAAUCCAUGGCAACGCGGAGGUUCUAAUCCUACUUCUGGUGGCGGGGGUGGUACUGUUCCAGGGUUAAUCAACACUCCGGGCAUGCAAUCUCUCCUGCAACAAAUGUCGGAGAACCCACGCCUCGUGCAGUCAAUGCUAUCUGCUCCAUACACUAAUAGUAUGCUACAGGCAUUCGCUGCCGAUCCUGAAAUGGCAUCUCAGCUCAUUAAUCAGAACCCAAUGUUUGCAAAUAACCCACAACUACAAGAACAGAUCCGCACAAUGAUGCCACAGAUGCUUGCACAGCUACAAAAUCCUGAAAUGCAACAAAUGAUGUCUAAUCCACAAGCACUGAACGCGUUGCUGCAAAUACAACAAGGCAUGGAACAGCUACGUUCAGCAGCGCCGAGCCUUGUAAACAACCUAGGAUUCGGUCCGGCCGCUGCCGCCGCUCAACCGCCCGCCGCCCCCACUACCCCCGCUACUCCCGCAGCCGCCCCUCAGGCACGCCAACAACAGAACUCGGAGCUCUUUACACAGUUUAUGCAAAGAAUGGUGUCGGCAAUGGCAAAUAAUCAAAAUAAUUCACAACAACCACCUGAGCAACGCUACUCUCAACAGCUUGAGCAACUGACUGCCAUGGGAUUCCUUAACCGUGAUGCUAAUUUGCAAGCUCUUAUUGCAACAUUUGGAGAUGUGAAUGCAGCAGUGGAAAGGCUACUGGCACUUGGGCAGUUGUCUAUGAGCUAACAUCCGCGCGGCCGCCAUCGUAACCCUUACUCACUUAAACCACAGACUUGAAUUAAUCACGAUUUUUUAUUCAGUUUUAUGUUGAAUAAUUAUAAAAAACACAAAAUGUGUGUAGCGUUCAUUCACACUAUAUGUCUUACUACUACUUGUACUUUUCUUCUCGGACAGCAAAAUGUCAUAUUAUAUUAUUUUAAUUUCAAAACGUGGUGCAGGUGCGCUAUAAUUAAAAUGAUAGAAAAUCAACAAAUGGAAUAAACUCAGUCAAAGACACUAUCAUAAUGUCUGUAAUUAUCAAAUUAUUUCUUAAAUUAAAUAAUUUAAAUUCAUUCCUUCUUAUUUUAGGUAUAUUAAUUUGUUUCUAAAUAGAAAUAUACCAUCUUAAAUUUUGGACUAAGGUUAUAUAAUAAACGUUUCAUUGUUUAGUAUAUUUGAAAGUAAUAUAUAAUUUUAUUACUUAAAUUUAUUUUUCCUGUAUCUUCAAUCUGUAAAGGUACAUUAAUGCAUAGUUUUAGUUCACGUAUAUUUAGGUAAACGAUGUAGGUUAUGUAAAUAGUUUUGCUUUAAAAAUGAGUGAUGAAGACAGUCCUGGCAAUUAAUAUAAAUUAAUUUUGUGCUAUUAUAAUUUACAGUAUUUGGAAAUUUGAUAAUAAUAAUUUUUAAAUUUCUAAUGCUUAUAAUGUACAAUUUGUAUAAAUAAAAAUGCUAAAUACAAAAAAAGCUAAAAUUGAUGAUAAGAAAUAUUUUUUUUUUUUGUUAUUGAACACUAAUUUAUUUGUGUUGCUACCUAAUUAAACAGGAUUGGCAAAGUAAAUUGCUUCUUUAUUAUAGGGGUUAGGAGGAUAUUAAACUUAUCUGAGUGGGUAUACAUUAAAUCCCUAAUGGUGUUUAUGAUUGUACAGUUAUUUUUGUAUUUUAUUCUGAAGUGGUAAAACUCUAGAAUUAAGCUAUUGCUUUAUUCUAUUACAUGUGUAACAAGUUUUAAUUUGUAAAAACAAUUGAUACCUGUUGCUCACUUUUAUUGGUGUUUCGUUAAAUUUCCAAGAAUUAUAUAGAAUUACUACUACAAAACUAUGUAUCAAUAAAGUUCGAAAACGCU